CGAUUUCUAUUUCUCCUAGCCUGCUAGAUUUCUACCACUUGGAGCACUGCGUGAAUGGUAAAAUUCUUCAGGAUUAUAGUUGUUUACAGUGAAAAAUGAUGGAGAAGACCUCUGGGGGCUUAGAUAUUUCUGGUGCAUUUGAUAGCAGUAUCAUUCAACAUGCUUGUGAUGAUGAGGAAGCAAAAAUGUUUGCUAACUUAAUGACAUUCAAUGAAAAAGUGUUUUUCUUUAAAACCAAGUUUCAUUAUGCUUUUAUGAGUAUUAUUGAUGGUCAAAGAGACUCUCAAAAUGAAUGGAAUUAUGUGUAUGGUAUUCAAGGCCUUGGGAAAUCGUCAUCUGCUCUGUACUAUGUCCUGGAAUGUAGGAGAAAUAAUGAUGCUAAUAUUCAUUACAUUGACCUGCAACACAUUGAGAAAUGUGAUGAAAAUUUGGAGAAGUUUACAUCCUUUUCUGAAAAAAUUCCAGAAAACAGCUGCCUUGUGAUAGAUCAUGUUACAAUUUUCAAUGACCAUUAUCGAGAGAAAGUUUAUAAAAUUGUAAAACAAAAGGUUUCAAGAUUUAUUGUGAUUGAAACAGGGUUUACUUCCAGUGCACAUACAGGAUCCAUUGAUUGUGGAAGGGAAUUACAACUUGAUGAGGAUUCUUUUUUGACAAUAUGGAAUGGUACUUUGAAAAUGAAGGGAUGUCAAGAACAAAGGCUUGCCCAGAAAGGAAAAGAAGUCUAUGAGGAAUUUUCGAAAUUGUUUAUAAUGUCGCCUAGAUUGCUUCAUGAGGUGUUGGACUAUAUGUAUAGCUAUCGCAGCCUUGAUAAAAAAGUGAAACAAGUUUUGUGGCAAUACAUAAAGAUCAAACAGGCAGAGAUUGCUGGAUUUAAGGGAUGUGGAGAAAAUAAAACCUAUGCCAAACUAAUUCUUCACACUACACUUCUUCUAGAACAUAUUCCAGAUGAUGGCCCUUACAUCUUUACAACAGAGCAGGCUAGAAAAGUCAUGAUUGCAGUAAAUAUAUUUGAAACAGAAUAUUGCAAUGUAACCAAAGAUGACAUGGACAAAUAUGCAGAACUUUCUAAGCUUGCAUGGUCUUGAUGAAGGAGACUCGUGUUUGAAGGUCUGGCAUCUGCAACCAUUUCUGGCUGGUGAUUGGAAAAGGAAAUUUCCAUACAAAUUUGAAGUACUUGUAGAUGACUUGGCAGAUGAUGAAAUUUUUCCCAUCAUGUUUCAGGCUGGUGGGGCAAGAAAAGAGUUCGAAAAACUUCUUUUACUAGUCCAAAAGAACCAUGGAAUUGCUCUUGUCCCCAAACCUUGCUAUGUUGCGAAAACUGUAUAUGAGCCUUCAAAUGCGCGAUGUCCUGUGCAACCAACAACUGGAUGGCAUCUUGUCAACAUUCCACCUGAACAUUUUUUCAUGCCUGAGACUGAGGUACUCGUCGAUUUACAUGAAAAAGACAUACCCGAUGGUCUGAAGGGUGUGGAAAGGAAUGUUGCAUUGUUUGCCUUGUAUAUGAAGAAAAACCUUAUACCAUCACACGACUCUUUCGUUGUAUACCCCAAGGUUUACAAUUUUAUGGAUAUCGAUUACUUUGUGUAUGAAAAAGUCAGAAUGGAUGUUGCUUGUUCCUCUGCAAAGAUGCCAAAAACAAAAGAAGAUUCCAUCCUGUAUCUUAUACAGGUUGCAACAGGAGCUAGUCAUAAGGGAGAUGCCAUGGGACAUGCUCUAAAUGUGGUGAAAAAUAUUCUCUCAGAUGUCAAUAUCACAUUCCAUUUUGCUGUUCUCACUGUGUGCGAUAAUGAGAUACCAUACUGUUUGACAAAGAGCAGAUUUGAGAACAUCACAAUUCUGAACUUGUACGAAAACAAAUCCACAGCAUUUCAAGUAAUCAUGCAGUCAAAUAAGUAUUUGUAUAAAUUUUAUUUACAGCUUGUUAAGUGCAAUGUUGAGUAGUGGGACUCUUCCCCCAUUCCAAACCCAGGCCACCACCACCAACAAAAAUUGGGGGACCAUGUAUGACACUGAAAUAAUGUUUCUACUCACCUUCUCAAGAUUUUUUUAGUUUUACAUGUUGUAAUUGUACAAGUACAUGUAUCAAAGUCAUGGAUUUAUCAGAUAUGGAAAACAUUAAAAAACUUUAACCCAUACCCACCCCCUCUAAAGAUUUGUUUGGUUUUAAGAAACUUUUGUUAUUUUGUCAGUGUUUCCCCAUUGUCAUCUAUUGUCAAAUGAAAAUAAUUCAAGGCUCAAGUGGGCUUUUCUGAUCAAAAUUUGUCUGUCAUUGUUGGCUUUGUUGUAAACUUUUAACAUUUUCAUCUUCUUCUCAAAAACCACUGGGCCAAUUUUAACAAAACAUGCCACAAAGUAUCCUUGGGUGAAGAAGAUUCAAGUUUUUUUCAAAUGAAGGGCCACAUCCUCUUCUAAGGGGAAAUAAUUAUGAAUUAUUGAAAAAUCAAUGGCAUUUUUAAAAACUCUUCUCAAGAACCACUGGGCCAAGAAAGAUGAAACUCAUGUGGAAGCAUCCUCAGGUAGUUUAGAAUCAGGUUUUUUUCAAAUGAAGGGCCACAUCCUCUUCUAAGAGAAAAUAAUUAUGAAUUAUUGAAAAAUCAAUGGCAUUUUUAAAAACUCUUCUCAAGAACCACUGGGCCAAGAAAGAUGAAACUCAUGUGGAAGCAUCCUCAGGUGUGUAGAUUCAGGUUUGUUCUAAUCUUGACCCCUGGGGGUAGGGUGGGGCCACAAUGGAUGGUCAAAGUUUUACAUAGGUAUGUAUAGGGAAAAUCUUUAAAACCUUUGUUUCAAGGACAGCAAAACCAUGAUUGGUCAUAAUUAUAUGGAGGUAUAAUAUAGGCCUAUAGAAAAAUGCUCUUCUCAAGAACAGCAAAGCUAUGAUUCAUCUUUUUUUUAUAUUGAAGCAUCCUCAGGUGGUGUAUUCAAGAUUGUUCAAAUCAUGACCUCCAGGGGUAGGGUGGGACCACAAUGGUUGAUCAGUUUUUUUUUCCUAGCCAGUGUUCAGGUGAGCGAUGUUGCCCUUGGGCCUCUUGUUACAUGGAAGGUGUCUGAAUAUAUGAGAGAGGUAUAAUAUUUAGGAAUCACCUUGUCUGUCUGCCUGUCCUCCCAGCCUUAGUAAUAGAUCAUAGUAAUUGAGUUUGUCAGCUCAUCAAUUACAAAUGUUACCCCCAUAUUUUACAUGGAAGAUACAUGUAAAAAAAAAAACAAAACAUAAUUUAUUAAAGAGGUCAGAUUUUUUUCCUAU